CCAGCUGACUGAGGAGCAGAUCGCAGAGUUCAAGGAGGCCUUCUCCCUUUUUGACAAGGAUGGAGAUGGCACUAUCACCACCAAGGAGCUGGGGACCGUGAUGAGGUCCCUGGGACAGAACCCCACCGAAGCAGAGCUACAGGACAUGAUCAACGAGGUGGACGCGGAUGGGAACGGGACCAUUGACUUCCCGGAGUUCCUGACCAUGAUGGCCAGAAAGAUGAAGGAUACCGACAGCGAGGAGGAGAUCCGAGAGGCCUUCCGAGUCUUUGACAAGGACGGCAACGGCUACAUUAGCGCGGCAGAGCUGCGUCACGUGAUGACGAACCUGGGUGAGAAGCUGACCGAUGAGGAAGUGGAUGAGAUGAUCAGAGAGGCUGACAUCGACGGAGACGGCCAGGUCAAUUAUGAAGAGUUUGUACAGAUGAUGACCGCAAAGUGAAGGCCCGGGCAGCUGGCAAUGCCCGUUCUCUUGAUCUCUCUUCUCGCGCUCUCUCUUCAACACUCCCCUGCGUCCCAGUUCUAGCAAACACCAACCGAUUGACUGAGAAUCUGAUAAAGCAACAAAAGAUUUGUCCCAAGCUGCAUGACUGCUCUUUCUCCUUCCUCCCUGAGUCUCCUUCCCUGCCCCUCAUCUCUUCCUUUGCCCUCCCUCUUCCAUCGACCUCUGCCAGGGCCUGAUGCAUUUAUAAGAUGAACUCCCCGUCCUCCUGGGGGAGCCUCCGCCCUCCUCCUCCAGCCCGGGUGGCUCUCCUCUGUUUGGGUUUGUUUCCUUCUGUUUGUCUUCUUAUUUUGGGUGCUGGGGUGGCUUCCAGCCCUGUCCUGGGACCUGCUAGGGAGGGGACGAGGCCCUCACCCAGGCAGAAGAGCACGCCUUUGUCUGUUGCAUGCAACCAGCCCUGUGAUCCGUGUGCAAAUCCCAGCAGCCUUUGGGACAGUGGUGCUGAGGCGUCCAGGAGGACUGAGGGGUUGUGGUGUGGAUGUGGCUCCGGAGGGGGUUGAGGGGCAAGGGAGACUUGGACGCUGGCAUUCUUUACCACUUGAGGGGCCAACUCAGAGACAGGAACGGACCGAGUGGACAGCACUCAGACCCACUGGCUGGUAUUCCGAAACCAUCUGAUUGGCUUUCUGGCGCUGGACUGGGUGGGACCGCUCAAUUGGCCACUCUGCAAACCGUACCUGCCCAGACCUGCCCGUGUUCCCAACGCGAUCGCCAGCUGCUCUGUAAAUACCUGGUGCUAACACCCCACGCCCUCCCUCCUGCCGCACCCGCCCGCCCACAUUGAGGUCCCCUCGUGGGAACCGAGGUGGGGAUGGUCGCUUUGUAAUGUGCUGGUUAUACUGUUGUUUUUUUCUUUAUGCCCCUGAAAACUUUAAAUUUUGUCAGAAACCAUGCCGGGCUAGCUGAAGGGUGGGGAGAGGGAAGAUGCACCCCACCACGCUCUCGAGAAAAAAUACCUGCAAUAAACAAACCUGUGGGCCAGCUGCCAGGAGGACCAGCAGCCCAGCAGCCCAGCCAGGGCUCUGCUUCCUGGUCCGCGGCCCCUCCCGCUUCUCCGUGGUGACGUGGCUGCUCCCUCACAUCUGCGCUGCCUCUGCCCUUUCCUGCCUCCCCUGCCCACCCGCCUGCCCCCACACGCCCCAGCGGAGAGCAUGAUCCGUGACCUCGCUUCUGACUUUCGCCUCUGGGACAAGUAAGUCAAUGUGGGCAGUUAGGUCGUCUGGGUUGUUUUUGUUUUGUUUUCCCUUUUUCUGUUCGUUUCAUCUGCCCCUGCCCCCCAGGUCGAUCACGUGGCUUUUUCUGGGACCUGCCCAGCUUUGAGAAUCUUCUCAUCCACCCUCUGACACCCAGCCUCGGGGAGGACGGGAGGGGAGGGACGGGGCAUAGCGGGAGACCCGGCCAAGAGCUGAGGGAAAGGGCAGGUAGGCGUGAAGCUGUGGACAUUUCGGAGUGUUUGGGUUUUGGUUUUGUUUUGUUUUUUUAAACCGGGCAAUAUUGUGUUCAGUUCAAGCUGUGAAGAAAAAUAUAUAUCAAUGUUUUCCAAUAAAAUACAGUGACUACC